CGAUGGAUGGAUACAUGUGGGACGAUGGAUAGUACGUCGUUGCAGCAGUGGUGUCGAUGCGCCUCUUGGCUGGCGACCUCGUCCGCCUUGUCGAGACCGACGACGCGCGAGUCGCCGACGCGAUCGCCGCUCUCGGCGGCGUCGAUGGCCUUGCGGCUGCGCUUGACGUACGUCUGGACGUCGGCCUCUCGUCGGCCAACACGGACGAUCUGGUCCGGCGGACCGCCAUGUUUGGCACCAACGAUUUGGUCACAGACCCGCCGCUGACGCUUCUCGCCCGCAUGCGCUUGGCGUUCGAGGACGUGACGCUGCGCAUUCUCUUUGGCGCGGGCGUCGUGUCGCUCUUGCUGGGCGGCGCCCAAGGCGCGGCCAACGACUGGAUCCAAGGCGCGUGGAUCCUCCUCGCCGUCGGGAGCAUCGUCCUCGUCACCGCGUACCAGGAGCACGCGAAAGACGCGCAGUUCCGGGCGCUCAACCUCGUCAAGGAAGACGAGCGCAUCAAGGUGCUUCGCGACGGCAGCCCGAAUCUCGUGCGCAAGUUCCAGCUCGUGGUCGGCGACAUCGUCCGCUUGGAGGUCGGCGACGUCGUGCCCGCCGACGGCCUCGUCCUUAAAAGCCAUGACCUCAAGCUCGACGAGAGCACGAUGACGGGCGAGUCCAAGUACGUCUCCAAGCAGAUCGUCCUCGCGGGUACCCAGGUCAUGGAGGGCGUCGGGAGCAUGCUCGUGCUCUGCGUCGGCGCGUCGACGCAGGCCGGCAUGAUCGCUUCGCUCGUGGCCGGCAAGGCGCUCGAGACACUUCCGUCGUCGAGAGGCCAAGACUCCAACAUGGCCGAGAGAGACGACUACCGCGCCAUCGAGACUCCGCGCGCCGACGUUGUGGCCACCUCGACGACAAGAGUAGCAUCAGCAGCAGAGCCAGCGUCACCGCUGCAGAGCAAGUUGGCCACCGUCAUGCGGCUCCUCGGCAAGGUGAGCGUCGUCUUGGCGCUUCUUGUGUUUGUGGCGCUAGCAACACGCUACUCGAUCGAAGCGUUCGUCGUCGACAAGGCCGAGUGGUCCCAGAAUUCCUCUCGGACUACCUCGGCUUCUUCAUCAUUGGCAUCACGGUCCUCGUCGUCGCAAUCCCCGAAGAAGAUGCUCUUGGACAACAACCUCGUCCGCCACCUGGACGCGUGCGAGACCAUGGGCUCGGCAACCACCAUUUGCUCGGACAAGACGGGGACGCUCACGACCAACUGCAUGACCGUCGUCGAAAGCUACGUCGGCGGCUCGGAGUUUUCGUCUGCGGCCGACCUCGGCGCCGCCUUGUCGGGGGAUGCUAUGGCUGCGCUCUGCGACGGCAUCUGCCUCAACUCGACGGCCGAGAUCCUCCCGCCGCUCAAGGAGGGCGGCAAGCCCGAGCACACGGGCAACAAGACCGAGUGCGCGCUGCUCCAGUUUGCCGCCGACAUGGGCGUCGCCUACGCCGAUGUGCGCAAGGGCGGCGAGAUUGGCCACAUGAUCACGUUCAGCUCGGCCAAGAAGCGCAUGUCGGUGGUCGUCCGCGUCUCGGCGACGACGUGCCGCGUGUUUACCAAGGGCGCCAGUGAGAUCGUCUUGGAGCUUUGCACGUCGCAGCUGCGCCUCGACGGCUCGACGAUCCCGAUGGAGACCCACGUGAAGAGCCAUAUUCUCAACAACGUGAUCGAAAAGUACGCCAACCAGGCGUACCGCACGCUCUGCUUGGCGUACCGCGACAUCGAGGCGACGAUGGACGAGGUCAAGGACUGGUCGGACGACGAGAUCGAGCGCGACCUCACGUGUGUGGCCAUCGUCGGCAUUGAAGAUCCCGUCCGCGACGAAGUGCCGGGUGCGAUCCGCCAGUGCAACGACGCCGGCAUCGUCGUGCGCAUGGUCACCGGCGACAACAUGGCGACGGCCAAGUCGAUCGCGCUCAAGUGCGGCAUCCUCUCGCCGAACGACGGGUCGCUGGUCAUGGAAGGCACCGAGUUCCGUCGCCGCGUCCUCGACUCGAACGGCAACAUCAUCCAGAGCGAGUUUGACAAGAUCUGGCCCAUGCUCCGUGUGCUCGCGCGGUCGAGCCCGAAGGACAAGUACACGCUGGUCUCGGGUCUGAUUGCGUCCAACGUCUAUCCCCACGGUCCGCAGGUCGUGGCGGUGACGGGCGAUGGCACCAACGACGCGCCGGCGCUCAAGAAGGCGGACGUGGGCUUUGCCAUGGGCAUUUGCGGCACGGCGGUCGCCAAGGACGCGUCGGAUAUCAUUUUGAUGGACGACAACUUCAAGUCGAUUGUGAACGCGGUCAAGUGGGGCCGCAACGUCUACGACUCGAUCUCCAAGUUCUUGCAGUUUCAGCUGACUGUGAUUUUGACGGCGGUGUCCCUCACCGUCCUUGGCUCUCUCUUUCUGGCGAAAACGCCGCUGACGGCGAUUCAAAUGCUCUGGUUUAACCUCAUCAUGGACAUGUUUGCGUCGCUGGCUCUUGCGACCGAGAAGCCGACCGACGCGCUGCUCGAGCGCAAGCCGUACCCGCGCACCAAGCCCCUCGUCUCGAAGACGAUGGCCAAGCACAUUGUCGGCCAAAGUCUCUUCCAAGUGUGCUUGCUCCUGCUGCUCGUCUUCUAUGGCGACGUCCUCCUCGGUGUGCCAUCCGGUCGUGACGCGCCGACGCCGACGAAGCACUACACGAUGGUUUUUGCCACGUUUGUGUUUCUCCAAAUCUUCAACGAGGUCAACGCGCGCAAGCUCCGCGACGAGUGCAACGUUUUAGCGGGCGUCGGGGCCAACCGUGCGUUUCCUUGCUUGUUUCUGCUCCAGUUUAUUGUGCAAGUGAUCGUCACGCAGUUUGGUGGCGUCGCCUUUAGCUGUGAGCCGCUGACGUGGACGCAGCUGCUGGUCGCGCUCGGCCUUGGCGCGCUCUCGUUGCCCGUGGGUCUCUGCCUCCGCCUUGUACCGCUUCUGCGCUAAGCUCGUACGAUAAUGAUCGUCGGUGUUAUCUUGUGCGCGCAAGGAGGCUGCGUCAUCAU